AUGACAGAACAUUGUCGCGCGCUGGCAUAUCCCAGUAUUCCUACGACAGUACUUGCCGCCUUCCUGGUAGCUGGAAUCGUGGCAUCUUACGUUCCGCAGCACGUCAAGAUCUACUCGCGACGAUCAUCCGAAGGUCUGUCGCCAUGGUGGGUUCUCCUCGGUGGCUUGAGCUCUAUUACGGCAAUUGCAAACAUUCUCGUCCUGCCAACAAGCCGAGCGGAUAUGCGCUGCUGCAAAGAAGUCAACGGAGGGGCUUGUGCAGCUGCUUUGCUCGGGGUUGCACAGAUCGGGUGUCAAUGGACCUGUUUCAUGAUUAUCGUGCUACUCUAUCUUGUAUUCUUCCCGUACGACACUGCCGCUGAGCAAGAAGAAGAUCUGACCGCCUCGAUCACAUCUUUGACGGCUACACCACCUACGAACAGUCGACGUGAUCCGUUGAUCGUUGGCGCCUCCAUCUUCAUUACUCUUUUUCUGGUCGCACUUAUUUCCGUAGCGCUUGUUUUUGCAUUUCCGCAUCACACCCAGAUCUGGGCCGAUAUUCUCGGCAGUGUCUCUGGGAUACUCGGCAUGAUUCAGUAUCUCCCUCAGAUCAACUACACUUGGAAAGUGCAAGACGUCAAGAGCCUGUCAAUCACGACUCUCUCCGUGCAAGCUCCUGGCUCCUUCCUCUUCGCCCUUUCGCUUGCUCUGCGAGUCGGUCUGCAAGGCUGGAGUACAUGGGUCGUAUAUGUCAUCACUGGAUCCUUGCAAUUUGUUCUCCUAGGUAUGGCGUUCACAUUCGCUCACCGAAACCGUCAGGAAAGGAAAGUUACUUCGCCAGUGAUCUCGGAAGCAGAGAGCGUCAAUGAGCAAACGGCGCUACUUGGCGACAGAGUCGCAACAACUCCUGAAAACUAG